UUUUGAUUCCAUGAGGGGAUCGCAUCCCUUCAUCGAGUGCGAGUCGCGGAUAUAAAAGCCGAGCAACAUGGCUCUACGGGCUGGAGCAAAGGAAGGCUACCGUAGCACCGUCAACGCAAAAUGGCCUCUAAACUUGUCUAUACGCUCCUCUUCAACGCUCUGCUCUGCGGCUUUGCACGUGCUCAUCGUCCGGCCCCCACCGUCCCAAACGUUAUCGACCUUGGCUACGCCAAACACGUCCCAACCUGGACGAACACCACGUCCACGGGCACCCAACUCCUCAACUACAACAAUAUCCGCUACGCCCGUGCUCCCACAGGCCAUCUCCGUUUCCGCAAGCCUCAGACCUCACCCGCCUAUCAGCAUGGCCUUCAGGACGGCAACCGCACCUCCUGGGAAACCGACUGCAUCUCCUCCGCGCAUCCUGGCGUCCCGUUUCCGCUGCUGAACGGCACCACAUGGGGCUCCGAAGACUGCCUGUUCUUGAACGUUAUCACGCCAAAGAGCGCAAAGAAAGGAGAUAAGCUUCCAGUUUUGCAUUGGGUCGUCGGGUCCGCGUAUUCGUUUGGUGGAAAGGAUUGGACAGGCUUUGGGAUCAACACGUACGGGUUGUAUAAUCGCCCGCUGAACUUGACGGACCAGUUCAUCAUAGUGACGCACAACUACCGGCUCGGUGUCUCCGGCUGGCUGCCCAAGUUCGACGACGACAUGAACGGGAACCUCGGCGUUUGGGAUACGCUAGCUGCGGUUGAAUGGACGAAGAAGUACAUCGGCAAGUUCGGUGGCGACCCGGAUAACAUCACCGUCAUCGGGCAGAGUGCAGGCGCGGGCAUCAUAGCAUGGAUGCUGCUGGCGGAGGAGGGGAAGAUGAAGUUACCAUUCGAUCAAGCGUGGAUCGCUUCUCCAGCUCUUCCGCCAAGGAAGGACCUUGAGAGGUCGCGACCGGUUUUCGAUAUGGUGCUUAACGAGACGGGUUGUGGGACCAUCGAUUGCUUGCGGCGGCUUCCGGAAUCCGCGAUCAAACAAGUGAACGAGUUCCUGUUCUUCCAGACUCCUUCGGCUGGGGGAGGCUCACUGGGGCCACCGCCGGGUCUGACGCCUACUGUAGACGGGGAAUUGGUGUCUGAUCUGCCGGAAAGCGCAUUCGCGGCAGGGAAGUUCAACAAGAGGGUCAAGCGUCUGGUUGUGGGCAAUACCGCUGGAGAGGGCCUCGGAUCCUCUGACCGCGAUAUGCCUAAUCGCUUCCCAGACAUCGUUCGAGCAAACAUCCCAAACGUCUCGAACGAAAGCAUCGUCGAGCUUCAGUCCAUGUACACAUACCCACCUGGUCUCCCAGAAAAACUAGCCUGGGACUACGUAACGGACAUCAACUUUGGCUGUCCAGCUCGCACCAUUGCAGAGGCAUAUAAGGACCGGGCAAGGCAAUACGUAUUCUCUGUUCCUCCUGCCUACCACGGACAGGAUCUUAGCUACUUCUUCUUCGCCGAUAAUACGACGACACCUGUUCCUGAUGUUGAGACCGCGUUCGCGUCGGAGAGUUACUUGCUACAAUACAUGUUCCGUAAGGCUUUCCCUACAAACCCGGAUGCGCCGUAUGCGACACCGCUGUCGGAGUGGCCACUCGUUGGCGAAAAUGGUGCGAUUGCGAAUAUUACGUUGGGCGGGUACGAGUUUGGACCAAUGGCGAGGGACAUACAGCAGAGGUGCGAGUAUAUCGAUGCUUUGGUGAUGGAUCCGUUGAAUGGAGUGUGAUUGGGGGCUAGCUGUAUUCUAGUAGAUCG